UCUUAUUUCUCUCAUUCUCAGUCACUCCCUCCCUCUCUCUCUGUUCUCUCGUAGCUCCCGUCCGUGCGCCGUCACCGUCGCUGCGCGGUCCGUGACUCCGUGAACGUGAAGAUUAGAUUCUUUUAGGUAUGAACGGCUUGGGGAGAUUGGCUCGGCGAGCCUUUUCACUUCCACGAGCUAGCUGGGAAUCUCCUCUCAACGACAAAAAUACUCGCUUUUUCAUCUCUCGCAGAGGCUUUGUGUCUUCGUCUGCUUCUUCGUCGCCGUCGUUUUCGGGAACCCAAUUCGAUCGGUCUCGUCUCGUUUCUCCGUCGCCUUUUGGGAAAUGUGGCCUUCUCGGUGGGCAAAGGAGAGGUCUGAAAUCCCUUUGCCGAUUCAAGGGAAAGUCUGCUGGUAGGAAUUCCUCUGGGCGUAUCACAAUUUUCCACCGAGGGGGUGGAGCUAAACGGUUACAGAGAAUAAUUGAUCUGAAAAGAAGCACUUCGUCUAUGGGCAUCAUAGAGAGGGUAGAAUAUGACCCAAACCGUUCUUCUCGGAUUGCUCUAGUACGGUGGACUAAGGGUGUGCAUCUACCCCACCAGAGGAGUAACACUGUAGAGAAGUUUGCUUCGCAACGCAAGAUCUUUGAUCCUACCACAACUACCAUCCGUGGAAUAUUUUCCUUCUCUUCAUUGCCCGGGAUUCGUGAGGUGGAACAAAGCAAGAAAACCUUUGCAAAGGACGUUUUUUUCUCUGCCUUCUCCUCAAAGCCCAAGGGAGAUACACCGCCCCUUUCCUUCCCAAGGAUAGCAGUAGCUGGGGCAAAUCCUGCUUUCCUUGCUCCACGAAUAAAGGAGAAACUCAAAGGAGAAGACUCCUCUCCUUGUGAGGUCCAAAAGUGGAGACCACAUAAUAGCAUUCUGUGGAAACAUAGGAACAAACGUAAGGCAGCACUUUCUUGGCAGAGUUCUAGGCAGCAAAAGACUUUAGGGUUUGCCACACAUCGAACAACUGCUGCAGCCAAGCACGCGGCUACUCAUUAAGUGCGGAGAAAAAUUUGUCUUGAAGAUGAGGAUCCAACACAUACUGAUCAGGCCAAAGUAGGUUAAUAAUAUCUGCCCAAUGAAAGGUGGGCGUAAAUUUGUUGCUGGACUGAAGCUUCAACCGGUUAUCAAAAGAAGUUGGGAUAGACUUUCUUGUCCAUGAGAACUAAGGCUGUUUUUCUACGGCAGAUUUUUGUGGAUUUACUAGGGAAAACUAAAGAGCUUUAUGAACAUUGUAUCAUUCACAGGACUUUUGGCUGGCUUAUAUCUUAUUAUUCACCUAUUUGUCUAGCAUGCAGCCUGCCAAAUUUUGGAACUCCACUGAAAUUUUUGUACUUCUAAUCUUUUCAUCUAGUUUUACUUUUUAGAGAAUU